AUGUCCGAAACUAAAACAACUACCAAGCAUAGUCGUCCUCUCUCCCCAGAGCUUUCUCCGGGAGCUCAAGCGCCCAGUACUCCUCGUCGGCGUCGUCGUUCAUCAACGUUCUCCUCGCUGGAGGCAGUGAAUAGCCGGCGGAACUCGUUGACGCUGCAGGAAGCGAAACAAGCACUUGGAUCCGCGGCAGAAAUCGUACUAGCACCAACCGACGGCGAGUCUCCGACAUGGCACAAUAUUCCAUUUGCAUUUGCUGUUCUCCCAGCAAUCGCCGGGGCCUUUGUCACUGGGGGUGACUUCUUCAUUACAGAUAUAAUUCUGCUAUUUCUCGCCGCUAUAUUUCUUCACUGGCUGGUCAAAUUUCCAUGGGAAUGGUAUCGCGCUGCACAAUCAAUCGCAUCCGAAAGUCCUGAUCUCGACCCUGUCCCAAACCCUAAACCACCGAAAACACUCCGCGAGGCUGAAAUUCGUGCCGCUGCAGUUGAUGAGCUCCUCAUGCAUGAACAUAUUGCAUUGCUAUGUUGCUUCAUUGGACCGAUUGUAGGCGGCUUGAUGCUCCACAUGAUCCGCGGGCAGCUCUCUCGACCUAGUGGAGGCCUUAUAUCAAAUUUCAACCUCUCAACUUUCGUCCUUGCUGCGGAGUUGAGGCCAUCCGCACAGCUUGUAAAAUUGAUCCGUACUCGGACAAAAUAUCUACAGAGCACAGUUCAUCAUCCUCCACCCGCAAAAGUUGAUCUUCUGGGCUCAAGGAUUGAUGAACUGCAGGCAGAAGUCAAGGAGCUUACAAUUUUAGCCACCCGUGCAAUCGAGCGAGAUCCUGAUCUCGACGCACUGAACCGUGCUGUCCGUCGCUACGAGAAAAAAGAAGCCCUUCACAGCCUACACACCGAAACUCGAAUCCACGAAAUCGAUGCUCGGCUCAAUGACAUCCUUACACUUGCUGCAGCGGCGAGUGCGCGGCAGAAGGAGCAGACACUUGCAGGGGUACUACUGCAAUGGAGCUUUGCGCUUCUUGUGGCACCAGUAUCAUUCGCAUGGAGUGUUGUAAGCUUGCCUGCGAAGGCGGUGGAAACGAUAAUGGAGAUGAAGAAAGGGAGGCUGUUGCUAGGUCCCAGCUCUAAUGGAAAGCCACAAGGGAGGUUGACCUCUAAAAUUGUAAGAUUUGCCAAUUGCAAUCUCAAAAAUUUGAUCGAAGCUUAG